AUGACCAAUGAGAAGCCAGAUAUUAUAGAUUUAAUUUCAGACGAUGAUGACGACGACGACGACGAUAAUGACGACGUGGACGAGGUUUCCAAGCAAGACAAGCGACAAGGACAAGAAGAGGACAAUUGCUCAAGAUCAAUUGAUAAUGAACACGAAGAAGAGAGCAAAAGUCUCUUCCAAAGUCGUGUUUUCCCUUUCGUGACAUUUGUGGACAAUGAUUUCCCAUCGGUGAAUGCUGUAGCCAAAAUGAGGAAACAAGCGGCAAAAAAAGGACGUACAGUUACUGAAAUUACUGGUGAUACAGAUGCUGCUAACGCCACGUCAACAAGUGAUCAAGGUAUAGCUUCAGAACCGACAUUGGUGGUAUUUGGGCCAACAGAGGAGACAGCUGCAAAGUCGACAUUUCCACCAACUGUGGAGGGUAAAGAGAUUGAAACAUUAUUGACGACGAUGCCGGAAAUAAUAUCAGAGGAUACAACUUUUGACGCAGUAACGACAAAUGAUGCAAUGGAGUCGGAUACUGCUGCUGGUACAUUGAUGGAAGAGAAAGAGGCUGAGCAAGACGAAUUGAUGCUAAAGGACUCACUAUUUCAGUCGCGAGUAUUCGACCCGAUUGAAUUCCGAGCAUCGGAUUUUGUCACUGCUUUUGAUGGAUUGGCGGUGGCUAGACGGAGUCACCCGCCGAUUUCGAAAACUAUAACGUCUACUAGAGCAUCUUUGACGUCUGCGGCAGCAACUGUAGCAGCGAAGUCUGGAGAUUAUGACGCAAAUGACGUGGUGGAACCAGUAAAAGCGAAAACUAUUACGUCUACUGAAGCAUCUUUAACGUCUGCGGAAGCAAUUGUAGCAACAAAAUAUGAAGAUUAUGACGCAGAUGACGUGGCGGAACCAGUAAAAGCGACAACGGUUACAUUGUCGACAACUAAAUCUGCUGCUCUUAGCGCAGCCACGAUUACCAUAUCUGCGACAAAACCCACAGUCUUAUUGCCAUUGGAGUCUGCGGUCUCAAAGGUGCCGCCUUCGACGCAUGCAGAAGUAAUACCUGCAACAUCUUCGACCAUGCCUGCAAUUACAACACCUGCCAAAUCGUCGAUAACGCCCGCAAUGACAAUACCUGCAAAAUUGCCACCCGCAGCCCCAAGUGCGAGCGUACCUUACCCACCAUCAAAAGCACCUGUGGCGUCAGCAGCACUGCCACCUGCACCAGCAAAGCUGCCACCUAUAGCGGUGAAACCACCUGUCCAGGUACCGGCAGUUGCAUUUACUGAAAUAUCGUCGCUACCAAGUCAAACAUCAAGUUUGAACGUUCAGUCUGUAACGUCAGCAAAAAGUUCUCCAGCAGUAAAGCAGAAGCCAGCGGUAAAUGUACCUUCGGCUAUAAAGGCAACACCGACAACAGCGCUAACAGCAAAAACAGCAGUUCUUGCAACAGUUACACCACAGUCUACAACUGUUGCAAACUUAAAGGUGUCUUGUGCCCCUGCGACACAUUCAGGUUGUGCUCAUGUGCUAAUACCAAAAAAGAAGCAUCCUGAAGAAGUUCGGCGAUCAGGUGAGUUGCAGCAGUGUCAAAAGCCAUCACCUUCUGGGGCGACUGUUUCCUUUGAUGCAGAUGAAAUUCGAUUCGUCAAGGUCAAGUCAGCACCUCGUGAAAUAACUCCUGUGGAGCAGCCUGUCUUGGGAUACUGCAGUCCAGAGUUUUUAGAAUUUAUGCGCGAGUGUGGAGAUGAUGACGGCGAUGAAGAGGGUGAUCCUGACGAAGGGAGCCGUUCACAGUUGAAUUUGCUGGAUGUGGUGGAUCUCACAAAUUUGAGUGAGUCGGAAGAUAGUGGCGUAGGCUCUCCUUCGUCGACCCAGCGCAUCACAGGGCCGAAGGGAGAAGUCCAGCGAGGUGCUUUACUUUCUAAUGAGCAAGCUCGAUUUGAUGGUCAAACUAUAGUCUACACAACUGCAAAUGUAUCAGGAAAAGGAACGUGGCACGUUCCGACGUUUGAUAGUGAGCGCAAACGAACACAUGCGGAGAGGAUUAUGUGUGAGCUGUGUGAGGAAAAGGUCAUUUCUUCCAGAUUAAUACGCUGUCCAACUUGCACAAAAUACUACCACAAGAAAUGUGCGAGGGAAAACGGUAAUGAGAAUAUUUGCUGGAAUUGCGAGCUUGGCUCGAUGAUUGAUGACAGCGAGCUAGAUGAAGAACACGCCAAACAUAACAAUGAGUAUUUAGCGUAUUUGAAGGCGCUGCGGAGCUCACUAGAAGAUGGUGAAGUUGCUGAAAAAGAGAUAUUCGCUGACGAUAAAAACCAAGAGGGUGAUCAAGAUUCAGCAGAGGAAGACGUUGAAACGGCAAGCUCUACUGCAGGCGAAGAUGAUAGCCACCCAUUGCCAGAAGAGAGUAGCGCAAAAGCCGCUGGAAAAAGGUGGAAAGAGUUUAUUGGAGACGCUACAGCUGACAUUGACGCUUCUUAUGUUGAGGUCACGAAACGCAUUGCGGAGGAACUUCGCGACGAUGAGAAGCGGCGCCUUUAUUCACGGGGCUUCGUGUCACGGGAGGAAUUUGAAGCGCAGAUGGCUGAGGUUGAGGAAUAUUACAUCAAAGAGGAGGCACGAUUGCAGCAACUGGAACGAGAAAAGGCACUCGAAGCGAAGAAGGUGGCCGAAGCUAGAAAAGCGCAGGCAGAAGCGGAGCAGACAAUCAUUGCUGAGCAGUCGGAUGCAAUGUCGAAGUCUUUUAUACAGAGUGGUGCCAGCGCUGCAAGCGUUUUAACAGGCCAGUCUUCGCCGCGCGCCCCAACCACGCAGCCCCAACACCCAGCCCCCGUAGAUGCCCCCGUCGCAGCCUCCAUGGCAGCUUUAUCAGCACCCAUGGCAGCUCCACCAGCGCCCAUGGCAGCCCCAACAGCCCCCGUAGCAACCCCAACGGCCCCCGUAGCAAACCCAACAGCCCCCACAGCCCCCCUAGUAGCCCCCACAGCCUCCGUGGCAGCCCCAAUAGCUUUCGUAACAGCCCCCAUAGCAACACCAACAACUCCCGCAGCAGCUCCAACAGCCCCCGCAGCAGCUCCAACAGCCCCCGCAGCAGCUCCAACAGCCCCCGCAGCAGCUUCAGCAGCCCCCGCAGCAGCUUCAGCAGCCCCCGCAGCAGCUUCAGCAGCCCCCGCAGCAGCUCCAACAGCAUCCGUAGCAGCUCCAACUGCACCUGUUGCAUCCCCAGCAAUGCUCUCGACUCCAACCCGCUGA